AUGGACAGACAUGAGCGACCCUACAGAUGUUCCGAGUCUAGUUGCAAAGACAAGCCAGGCUUUGUCUCGAGUGGCGACUUUCUGCGCCAUAAACGAGAAGUCCACGACAGCGGCAGAAAGCCCAGGUACUCUGAAUUUUGUCCAUCUGAGGGAUGCCGUCGCCAUGUUUCCGAGCCUUUCGCAAGAGCCGAGAACUUGCGAGAGCAUAUUCGGCGGAUGCAUAAAUUGGAGGCCAACAGCUACCUCGAAUUAGUGGAAAACGUAUAUGCCGAGCCUAGUACCCCAAAGAACGCUUCUCUCGGACCGCACGACGAUCGCGACCCAGCUACAUGCUUUUCGCGUGACAAUUUCCUACAAAUGGAGGCAGACUCUCUCCGCGAUAUUAUCAUGGGAAAGGACCGACGUAUUCAGGAGCUUGAGCGACAAAAAAUGGAAUUGGAAGCAAUGAGUCUUGAUCCCCAGAACUAG